CUUGUUAGAAGUGUGUUCAGUUACUAGCAAGAUCAAAUAUGUUAGUCGUUAAAAUUAAAGAUUUAACGAAGUUUUUAAAGUCAGAUAAAAAAAAGAUUGAAAGUUUCAAAACCGUUAACCGUUUUGUAGGCUAUAAAGCAGGAGAACAGGGUUAGAAGAAUUUCACCCAUUGCGAUUCUGAAUCACUUCUUCAAGUUGAUUGUCCAUCUCGAUCUUUUCAGUCUUUUACCUGCAAACGCCUCAUUAGGGAUUGCAAAUUUGAGAUUUCAUACAUGGUAGACAAAGAAAUCAAGGAAGACGAAGAUAUACUCCUUCGGUUCAUCGAAUCGGCCAUGGAGUCAGGUCCUGAAUUCAAGAAAGAACAAGAUGAUCUACGCCUUGGAAAUAAAGAAGGUGAAUUCAAGAAAGAACAAGAUGACCUACGCCUUGCAAAUAAAGAAGGUGAAUUCAAGAAAGAACAAGAUGAUCUAAGCCUUGCAAAUAAAGAAGGUGAUGGCGGAUUCAAGGCUGAAACUGGAGAAGAAAAUCACAAAGUUCUCAAUGAUCAUAUAUCGUAUUCUUCGUGUGAUAUCAAGGAAGACGAAGACAUUAUCCUACGGCUGCACGAAUCGUUCAUGGACUCGGUUUGUGAAUCAGUGCACGCGGCUGAUUUGGCUCGCCAACAAAUCCUUGCAGACAAAGAAAGUAGUGGCGGAUUCAAACAUGAAAUUGAAGAAGAAAGCCAUGGCGGAUUUAAACAUCAAAUUGAAGAAGAAAGCCAUGGCGGAUUUAAACAUCAAAAUCGAGAAGAAAUCCAUGGCGGAUUUGAACAACAAAUUCGAGAAGAAAUCCAUGGCGGAUUUGAACAUCAAAUUCGAGAAGAAAACCGAUAUGCUUUCAGUAGAAACGAAGACAUUAUCCUUGAACUAUUCAUUGAAUCGAUUCGUCAACCUGUUAACGCGUUUGAUCUUUCCAAGCAAGAACAAAACGACAAACCUCUCUACGGUCACCACGAUCUGCAAAGAGACAAAGAAAGCCAUGGCGGAUUUGAGCAUAAAGUUAAAGAAGCCACUCGAGAAGAUCUCCUUGGAUAUGCAUCACAUUCUCAAUAUCAUGAUUACGAUAUUAUCCUUCAGUUCAACAAAUUGGCCAUGGAGUCGGAUCGUAGAUACGUUGCUAGUAAACUCCAGAGAGAACAAAAGGAUGAAGAAAAUGACGGAAGAUCCAAGUAUAAGACUGAAGAAGAUGAGACUCCUCCGAUUAAAAAGAACCCGGAAGAAUCGAAUACUUCAGAAACAUUCAAAACCAAAGAGUGUCCAAAAGUGAAGACAGAGAAUGAUAAUCCGUUUGAUAUGCCAUUGAAGCCUCUUGAAGAACUGGAGGAAAUUGUGUUGAAACUCUACAAAUUCAUGGAUUAUACAUCUUCGAUACUGAAAGAUAUACAGAGAGUGAAAUACAAAGAGCAGGAUAAGUAUCAUUUUCUUGACAACGUUCGCCUCCUGUUUCUGUCAUCGUCUCGGAAGGUGGACGUAGUAAUUGAUGAACUGAAACUUCUGAAGGAUAAAGAAAUUGGGGAGGAGAAAUCUCCCCCCACAAAUGCUCUGAGUCCUGAAAUCGCUUUAUUUCAAGCGGUAGAGAUAAAUGCAAAGUUGGUCAAUCGCUCUUUUAUCCAUACCGUUGCUUUCCUGUAUGAUGACAAAUGUAGGGAAAAGGAGAUUUCAUGUUGCAUAGCUGAGAUGAAUCGAACCAUGGAAAACCUCAGGGUAGUUCUCUUGAGAGCAAGACCACGAAAAUGGCUACUUUCCAGGUCACUACGAAUUUGAGAGAGAACUGAAGCAGCUUCCGAAUGGCUUUGAGGGAUAGAACGAAACAAAGAGCAAACGGCCACUAUACUAUACUAUUGAAACUUCCAUGUACGUGAUUACCAGUAUCAGUGUGUGCUACUACUCACAAACAUCACAUAUAAAAUUCUUCUGUCUCUAGCUAUGAAUAAUAAGUUUGGAAGUAGAUUCUUUGGUGUUCAAUAUACAAGUAGUCAACAGAAUCAUCUCAUCCUAUACUUGGGAACUU